GGAGGGCGGCGGCGGCAGCGGCCAUGGACGGGCGGCCCGGGGCGAGGUCGACGCCGGAGCUGCGCAAGGAGCGCUCCCGCGAUGCCGCGCGGUGCCGGCGCAGCCGUGAGACCGAGGUGUUCUACCAGCUGGCUCACACGCUGCCCUUCGCCCGCGGCGUCAGCGCCCACCUGGACAAAGCGUCCAUCAUGCGCCUCACCAUCAGCUACCUGCGGGUGCACCGGCUCCUGGCUGCUGGGGCGUGGGCGGCCGCAGCCGAGGGGGUCGAUGGGUGCUACGUGAAGGCGCUGAGCGGCUUCCUGAUGGUGCUGAGCGACGGGGGAGACAUGAUCUUCCUGUCUGAGAACGUCAACAGGCUCCUGGGGCUCAGCCAGCUCGAGCUGAUUGGCCACAGCGUCUUCGACUUCGUCCAUCCCUGUGACCACGAGGAGCUGCAGGACGUGCUGAGCCCCCGCCAGGCCGUGCCCCGUCGCCGGGGGGGUGCCGAGCGCUCCGGGCGCAGCUUUGCCCUGCGCAUGAAAAGCACCCUGAGCGGGAGAGGCCGCUGCCUCAACGUCAAGGCUGCCUCCUGGAAGGUGCUGCACUGUGCUGGCCACAUGCGCUCGUACGCGGGCUCCGGGGGCUCGCCGGCGCUGCGCUGCCUGGUGCUGAUCUGCGAGGCCAUUCCCCACCCCGCGGCCAUCGACACCCCCCUGGGCUCCGGGGCCGUGCUCAGCCGCCACUCCAUGGACAUGAGGUUCACCUACUGCGAUGAGAGGAUCGGGGAGGUGGCUGGGUACAGCCCCGAGGAGCUGCUGGGCUGCUCCCUCUACGAGUACGUGCACGCGCUGGACUCCGACACCCUGAGCAGGAGCGUGCACUCCCUGCUGAGCAAGGGGCAGGCAGUGACCAGCCAGUACAGGUUCCUGGCCAAGCGAGGGGGGUUCCUGUGGGCACAGACCCAGGCCACCGUCAUCGCCAACAGCCGCAGCGCCCAGCCCGAGGGCAUCGUGUGCCUGCACUUUGUGCUCAGCCGCGUGGAGCACCGCGCGGGCUCGUCCUGUCGCUGGAGCAGACGCCGGCGCGGGGGGAGGGGCGGCGCGUGCUGCCCCUCCCCCCACCCCCUUCGUGCCGCCCCUCCCCCAGCGACCCCCCCCCCGGAGCCUUCCUCAACAUCAGCCUCGCCCCCCGAGGCCGAGCUGCUGCCACCGAAGCUUUUUGGGGGGGCCACGGGCCAAACCACGGCCCUGCAGCUCGCCCCGCUGGACCUGGCCAUGUUGGCUCCCUACAUCCCCAUGGACGGCGACUUCCAGCUGGGGCGGGGCCGAGCCGCGCAGGGGGCGUGGCCAGCGCCCGCCAGCUGCCCGGGCCCCGCCCCCUCGGGCCGAGGCCCCGCCCCGGCCCCGCCCUCCCGCGCUGGGGCAGCGACCCCGCCCUCGGCCACGCCCCCCGGCCACGCCCCGCCAGGAAGAGGCGAGCGCUGA